GCCUUGAAACGAAAUUUGCGUAGGAAGUUACGGCGAACUAAGAAGGUGAAGCUUGGAAAACAGACCAACCUGUCAAUGGAUAAUGAAAUCACCCCUAGCACCAACAAUGAUAUCAAUCAUAAUGAUUGUGAAGGCGAUGAUAGUGACAAACAAAAAAAAAUAUUUUAUAACCCUCAAAAG